AUGAACAGUUUGGUGGCUACGCCUCCAGUUCCUCCACACUUCUACGAACAUUCCCGCUUCUCUGCCUCUCGUCCCAUGUCUACGCCAGUUCAACAAAGCAGCAAUCGGAAACGCAAAGCUGAAGAUGAUGGCAAUGACACCGAUAUCCGCAUGUCCGCUUCCCCCACGAACUCCCCAGCUUUUACUCCACGCCCGUUACCGAACCGUCAGCUGAAACGAUCCCGUCCAAACGUGUCUGGUCGUCCUUUAUCGCUACCUAGAUUGCUGGAGACGCUGGACACGGAUGCUCUACGGUCGGUGCUACAAGCCGUCUGUCAGCGUCAUCCUGAGCUAGGCGAUGAGGUCGUCCAUACUGCUCCACGGCCGAGUGUGGCGUCGACGCUUCAGGUUCUUCGAAAUUACCAGUCGACUUUGCAGACAUCCAUCCCUCUAGGCAGCGGCGAAUUCUUGUCGGAUUAUGCAUACAAUCGAGUGAAACAGCACCUGUUCCAUCUUCUAGAAGCUCUGAACGAUUUUACACCUCAUUUCUUACCGCCUAAUGAAUCCCAAACUUCCAUCUCCCUGACCUACUUGGACGGAGCAACAGAUAUCAUACACAGUCUGCCGAAGUGGGGCACACCGCGGCAUAAUAUUGGCCGCGAUUCGGCAUACGAGGAGAUAGGCAAGGCUUGGGUUCUGGUAAUUCGAGAAGCUGCUAAGCGCGGUGGAGGCAUACAACUGCAGUAUGGUGGAUGGGAUCAGAAGCUUGCGAAACACAACGAGACUUCCGGUGGCAAGUUACAGGAAGCAGUGAAUGAGCUACGGAACAGUUUGGGAUGGAUGGGCUCGCCUUUGCCAACAGGUGCAUCUGGAGGAGACCCAACUUCAAUCCGUGAGCAACUGUUAUCAGGAACUUACGGCCUGGGCGUGCCUCUGAAGGUCGGACCCUGGUGA